AUGAACUUACAUAAAUUUUUACCAAUAAGAAAUAUUUUUUUCUCAUCAAAAAAUACUAUACAUUCUUUAAAAAAAUUUAGUUUUUUUAAAAAAAUAUCAGAAAAUGACUUCUGUAAACCUCUAGUUAAUAAUGAAUUAACACCUAUAAAGUCAGACAUUAUUUUGAAAAAUUAUUUUUUUUUUAAUAACAUGUUUUUAUUUAAUAUAAAAAUUAAGGAUAAUUCUAUAGUUAAAAAACCAGCACAGGAAUUGUAUUUCAAAAAUAAAAAAACAAAAUUAGCUUUAAGACGAAAAAGGAAAAGAAUGGGAGAACGUGUUAGUUUAAGAUAUCGCUGA